CCCCAAGUUGAAGCUGAUUACUGAUGUUGAAUUAAAACUGGAUGAUGAAGAGCAAUGUCCGAAUUUAGCGCAUGGAGCUGCUCAUGCAAAAGAUAUAUCUGAAACUGAUGAUGAUAGAGUUGACCAUUAUUGUCCAUACCAGAGGAAAGAAAAGAAUACAGGUGCAUAA